AUGAGUCAAACAAGGAAGAAAAAUUCGUCAGAAGGAGAAACUAAAUCCCAGAUAUCACCUGUCAACAGAUUCCUCCAGGGCUGCAAGGCUGAAAGGGGGGAAGAGAACAAUGACCUUGGAUCAGAUGGUUCCCACCCCAACCAUGGGGCUCUGAGCACGGCCACCCAAGACGCCGCUAAGCCUCCAAGCUCAGAAGAGGAAUUGGAAUCCAGGAUGGAGGAAAGUGAGCAGUUCCUGCAGAAGCUGGACAGAAAGGCUGACAGCAAGCGUCUGGACUUGGACAGCUGCAGGGUAACAAGAGUGGACAUCAGGGAAAUGGUCACUCUGCUGCCUUUCCUCCCGGACCUGGAAGAACUGGAUGUGUCCUGGAAUGAUUCCAUAGGUGGAAACCUCCACUUAAUCACCCAGCAAGUGCACCUGGUCCACAAGUUAAAGACCCUGAGGCUGGGCAGUUGCAGACUUACCACGGAAGACGUCCAAGCUCUGGGAGAAGUGCUUGCCAUGACACCUGAACUUGAAGAGCUCAAUUUGUCCUGGAACAAUAAUGUGGGAGGAAAUUUGCCUCUGAUCUUCCAGAAGCUCCAGAAUGGGACCAAGGUACAAACGCUGGAGCUUGUGGACUGUGCCCUCACGUCAGAAGACGGGGCCUUUGUGGGCCAGCUGCUGCCUGUGCUGCAAAGCCUUGAGGUGCUUGACCUCUCCAUGAACAGACAGGUCGGUUGCAGUCUGAACAGGAUUGCUCUGGGAUUAAAAUGCACCUCAAACCUGAAGGUGUUGAAGUUACAAUCAUGUGGGUUAUCACCAAAGAGUAUCAAAAUACUGGAUGCUGCUUUCAGAUACCUGGGUGAGCUGAGGAAGUUGGAUCUUUCCUGCAACAAGAAGCUGGGCGGAGGUUUCGAAGGCUCAUCGGGGCAGCUGGCCCUGCUGAAGCACCUGCGGGGCCUGGACCUUCACCAGUGCUCCCUGACAGCGGGUGACGUGGCCGCACUGACCCAGCUUAUCCCUUUACUCUCGAGUCUUCAAGAAGUGGAUUUAUCAGCCAACAGGAACGUGGGUGGUGCUUCUGAGAACCUGCUAGCUCGGCUCCGCUUCCUACCAGCACUGAGGUCACUGCUGAUCAGCGGCUGCGCUCUGGAGGGUCCAGCUCUUGCAGCUCUUGCGGAUGCCUCCAUUCACCUCCCUGCUCUGGAAAUCUUCAACCUUUCCUGGAAUAAGUGUGUUGGUGGCAGCGUGCAGCUGCUUCUGGAGAUGCUGAGGCUCUCUGCUGGCCUUCAGGUCCUGAGGCUGAGCAGCUGUUCCCUGGUGACCAAGGACAUGGCUAUCUUGGUGUCAGUCAUGCAGACAGGUCAUCUGGCCAGACUGCAGACGCUCGACCUGAGCUAUAACGACAGCAUCUGUGAUGAAGGAUGGGCCGUCUUCUGCCGAAACAUGCAGUUCCUCAAAGAGUUAACAGAGCUGGACAUUAGCCUUCGACCGACAAAUUUUCGAGAUUGUGGACCAUGGGUUAGACACCUGCUAUGUGCUGUGACCAAACUUCCUGAGAUCACUGAGAUCAGCAUGGAAAGAUGGAUUCUCCCAGCUUCACAGAGGGCAGCACUGGGCAGCUGUGAUCAAGGCCACACACGCAGAGUCCACUUUGACCACAGCGGGUUUCAGUGA